AUGGCUGAUAUCGACAUCAUGACCAACGAGUCCAUUCUGGACGAAGCUCUUCUCACAACAGAGUCUCCCGUCAUUGACUCAACAGACUUAAUCGUUCUUCUUUCUCUGCUCCUAGGAGCAAUUACAUAUCUCUCCAAUGGCAAAAUAAGGAGCUUCUUCUUUCCUAAACCUACCGCAGCAGCUGAGGAAACAGCUUCGAAAGAAGACAGUCUUCGAAGCAUCUCUCACAUCUGCAACACCACUGGCAAGAACUGCAUCAUCUUCUACGGCUCGCAAACUGGCACUGCAGAGAACUAUGCUCAGAAACUAGCGAGAGAAGCUAGUUCACGCUACGGCCUUGAUCCCAUGGUCGCUGAUCUUGAAGAGUAUGACUACAAUGAUCUCUCAGAAUUGUCAGAGCAGGUCGUUCUAAUGUUUGUACUUGCUACGUACGGCGAGGGUGAACCUACGGAUAACGCUCAGGACUUUUAUACAUACAUAACUGGCGGUGAAGAUGGAGAUCAGCCGAAAGUUGAUCUCCAGAACGUCAAGUAUGUCGCUUUCGGUUUGGGGAAUAGCACAUAUGAGCAUUACAACGCUAUGGUGAGACGUGUUUCGAAAGCGUUGGAUGGCCUUGGUGCGAAGAAUCUUGCUAGUAUUGGGGAGGCUGAUGACGCAGCUGGGACGACGGAAGAGGACUUUUUGGCAUGGAAGCAGGAUAUGUGGUCGAAUCUUGUUCAAGAGUUUGGGCUCCAGGAGAGAGAUUUUGCUUAUGAGUCGACAUUUGGUGUUCUGGAAAGAGAUGAUCUGGAUGCGAGCUCGCCUGGUAUGUUUCUCGGCGAAGCAAACUCGGAUCAUCUUGAUACCAGCUCGACCAACCGCCAGUUCAGCAACACGAACCCUUACGUCGCUAGCAUCACGGAGUCUCGCGAGGUAUUCACUUCCAAGGAUCGGAACUGCAUUCACAUGGAGAUCGACCUCGGUGGCUCGGGUCUAUCUUAUGAGACUGGUGAUCACGUCGCUAUCUGGCCUACCAACUCAGAAGCUCAAGUCACGCAACUUCUCAGCAUUCUUGGGUUAACAGAGAAGAAGGAUACGGUUAUUUCUAUUGUUAGUCGGGAAGCAACUGCAAAGCCACCCGUUCCUACACCAACGACAUAUGCUACCACGCUGCGAUAUUAUCUUGAGAUUGCUGGACCUGUGUCUCGAGAGUUCAUCAACGUCAUUGCUGCUUUUGCACCUACCGACGCUGCAAAAACAGAAGCGACGAAGCUCGGUAGUGAAAAGGUGUACUUCAACGAAAAGAUCAGCCAGAAGUGCCUUUCACUUGCUCAAGUGUUGAGUAUGCUCAGUGGGGGUCAACCAUGGACUAAGCUGCCCUUCUCAGCUGUCGUCGAAGGACUUAGCAAACUUCAGCCUCGAUACUACUCCAUCUCCUCAUCAUCACUCGUCCAACCCUCCACUGUUUCCAUCACUGCCGCCGUUGAAUCAGCCGAGUUUCAAGGUCGACCUGAUGUCUUCAAGGGCGUAGCUACGAAUUACCUUCUCUCACUCAAACAGGCUCAGAACCAAGAGUCUCAAUCACAAGAGUAUCAACUAAACGGCCCUCGUGAGAAGUACGCUGGUUUCAAAGCGCCCAUUCAUCUUCGCAAGUCAAACUUCAAGCUUCCCAAGGAUUCAUCCCGACCUGUCAUCAUGAUCGGUCCGGGAACUGGUGUUGCUCCAUUCAGAGGUUUCGUACAAGAGCGAGCUGCGUUGAAAAAGCAGGGGAAGGAUGUUGGAAAGAACUUGUUGUUCUUUGGAUGUCGGCGACGGGCUGAAGAUUAUCUCUACGAGUCAGAGUGGCGGGAACACAAGAAGACCCUCGGCGACGGCUUCGAUAUUCACACUGCAUUCUCAAGGGAGACCAAGCAGAAGGUUUAUGUGCAGCACCUCAUCAAGUCUCAUGCCAACGAAGUGAUGGACAUGAUUGACAACGGCGCGAUUAUCUAUGUUUGCGGCGAUGCGAAGCACAUGGCAAGGGAUGUCAAUUCUACCCUCAUCUCAAUCUGGGCCGAACAGCGGAAUAUCUCUGUUGAGAGUGCAGCGGAGAAGGUGAAGGGUCUAAGAGACACUGCGCGAUAUCAGGAGGAUAUCUGGUAA